CCACUAGUUUGCGACAAGGCAAAAAAAAAAAAGGAUUCAAGAGUUAAAUGUAAGAGGGAUUUCACUGUGUUGAUUAUUAACGGGGGGUUGGCCGUGGAACCGUACAUCUUUCCUCCCUUUGAAAGGGAACUUCUCCAAGUCAGGGCCCCCGCUUCUCUUAUUAGCCGUGGAGUCCUAAGACCAUCUCGCCUUCUUGUCCAAAGUUCCAAACGCCACGAUGGAAAACCCGCACAAGGAGAAGUUCGAUUCCACGACAUGUCCCCCGCCUGCCAAAGUGAAACAUUCCCGUUUUAACAACUUGAAGCUAUUUCUCGUAGCCUUGUCCUUCUUGUACCUGGCAAAGACGCUGUCGGGGAGUUACAUGAAGAGUACGAUCACACAAAUGGAGAGGCGUUUCGACAUACCCAGCUCCGUGAUCGGUGUGGUGGAUGGAAGUUUUGAAAUUGGGAAUUUGCUUGUGAUCGCAUUUGUGAGCUACUUUGGAUCCAAAUUUCACCGGCCUAGGCUAAUCGCAAUUGGGAGUGUAAUCAUGAGCCUCGGAACUUUUUUAAUAGCUUUGCCUCAUUUCUUCAUGGGACCCUACAAUUAUGAAACGGCAAUUAAAUAUUCUACCAAUUCAACAUCAGUCACCUCCCAGUGCUCUAGUAACUCCAGUGGUACAGGACCUGAUGAGAUAUCAAGUGUGCCACUUCCUGGUUGUGAAGAAGAGGGAGGUUCCCCGAUGUGGGUGUAUAUAUUGAUUGGUAAUCUUCUGCGAGGAAUUGGUGAAACGCCAACAGGUCCGUUGGGGAUAUCCUACCUCGAUGACCAUGCCACAGAGGACAAUGCAUCUUUUUACAUAGGGAUCUUGCACACAAUUGCCCUCAUCGGCCCAUUGUUCGGGUAUUUACUGGGUUCGUAUUGUGCCAAAAUAUUUGUGGACAUUGGAUUUGUUGAUUUAGAGAAAGUUACGAUUUCUUCGAAGGAUGCAAGAUGGGUCGGUGCUUGGUGGCUUGGAUUUUUAAUUGCUGGAACUGUUUCCAUUCUCACUUCCAUCCCGUUUUGGUUCUUUCCAAAAUCUCUAACUAAGAAGGCAAACAAGAAAGAACCAAGCAAGGUUUGUGAAAAAAUGGAAUUUAUUAAACAGGGCCAGAGUGAACCGGCCAACGCAGUGAUUGUGACGAAGAGCAAAGGUUUCAUGGUAUCGGUGAAAUUAUUAUUUUCUAACCGCAUCUAUGUCUUAUAUUUAUUGUCAAUGGUCGUACAAAUCAACUCCUUAAUUGGCAUGCUGACCUUCAAAGCCAAGUUCAUUGAGCAACAGUAUGGCCAGUCAGCAUCAAGGUCCAACUUCAUAAUUGGGGUCAUAAACAUUCCCGCCGUGUGCCUUGGAAUUUUCUUAGGUGGUUUGGUGAUGAAGAAGUUCAAGCUGAAUGUUGUUCAGGCAGCAAAAUUCUCUGUAAGUUGCACGUGCCUGGGUUGGCUGCUGUCUCUCUCCUACUUUGGAAUGGGCUGCGAUAAUUCCCGUGUGGCCGGCCUAACUGUCUCUUACGAGGGCAACCCCCAGAUCUCCUUUGAAGGGAGCGGUCUGUACCAUGGCUGCAACAACAAAUGCUCCUGCUCCGGGUCGCAGUGGGAGCCCGUAUGUGCCGAUAGCGGCGUCACGUACGUUUCACCUUGUCUCGCUGGAUGCAAGACGUCUUCUGGAGUCGGGAAAAGUACGGAGUUCCACAACUGCAGCUGCAUAUCUGCUCUGAUAUCCACAAAUUCCUCCGCGCUUCUGGGACAAUGCGCCAAAGCAGAAGACUGUGAACAAAUAUUCCCUUACUACCUGGUAGUGACGGUACUCAGUGCAUUCAGCUACUCCUUCGGAGCUGUCCCCGGCUUCAUGAUCUUACUCAGGUGCAAUGAGCCGGAACUGAAGUCGUUGGCAAUAGGUAUACAAACCUUGAUAGUAAGAACACUAGCUGGAAUUCCUGCUCCUAUUUAUUUUGGGGCUCUCAUAGAUCAAACCUGCCUUAAGUGGGGGGCAAAGAGAUGUGGAGGACAAGGAGCAUGCAGGAUUUACGACUCUAAUGCUUUCAGGCACAUCUUCCUGGGAUUACAGGCAGGUUUACGUGGCCUGGGCAUCAUUGUGUUCUUUCACAUCGUGGUGUUACUACAGAGACAACUUCGAGCCAAAGAGAAGCACGCAGCACCCAAAGGUGACAAUGAUGUUGUGCCCAUGCAGGACAAGGACUGUGGGCCUGAGAAUGGAGACAUUACAACCAAAGUAAAUACCAAUCACCCAGAGAGCGAAUCUCAUGUCUGAAAUAAUAAAUCCCCAAGUGUGUAAAACCAAA